CGCCGGCGGGGCGGCCGAGGCUUCUGUGAGAGGGCGCUCGAGGCUGCCGAGAGCUAGCGAGCGAAGGCGGCGGGGAGGCGGCGUCUGCACUCGCUCGCCCGCUCGCUCGCUUCCCGGCGCCGCUGCGGGUCUGCGCUGCACUUCCUGCUCGCGAGCCGCUCCGUCGCGCGCUCCCGGAGCAGCUGCCCCUCGGCCGGGUCCCGGCUCGGUUCGGGAGCUGUGCGAACCGGCGACACCUCGCGGGGGGCGAGCCGGCGCCACACCUGUGGAGCCGGCGGCCGUCGGGGGAGCCGGCCGGGGUCCCGCCGCGUGCGUGCUUUGGGCGGCGGGAGGCCCGGACCCCGGAGGAGGCGCGCCCUCCGGCUGGGCGCCGCGGGCACCAUGGGGCUCCCCGCGCUGGAGUUCAGCGACUGCUGCCUCGAUAGCCCGCACUUCCGAGAGACGCUCAAGUCGCACGAAGCAGAGCUGGACAAGACCAACAAAUUCAUCAAGGAGCUCAUCAAGGACGGGAAGUCACUGAUCAGCGCGCUCAAGAAUUUGUCUUCAGCGAAGCGGAAGUUUGCAGAUUCCUUAAAUGAAUUUAAAUUUCAGUGCAUAGGAGAUGCAGAAACAGAUGAUGAGAUGUGUAUAGCAAGGUCCUUGCAGGAGUUUGCCACUGUCCUCAGGAAUCUUGAAGAUGAACGGAUACGGAUGAUUGAGAAUGCCAGCGAGGUGCUUAUCACUCCCUUGGAGAAGUUUCGAAAGGAACAGAUCGGGGCUGCUAAGGAAGCUAAAAAGAAGUAUGACAAAGAGACAGAGAAGUAUUGUGGCAUCUUAGAAAAGCACUUGAAUUUGUCUUCCAAAAAGAAAGAAUCUCAGCUUCAGGAGGCAGACAGCCAAGUGGAUCUGGUCCGGCAGCAUUUCUAUGAAGUAUCCCUGGAAUAUGUCUUCAAGGUGCAGGAAGUCCAAGAGAGAAAGAUGUUUGAGUUUGUGGAGCCCCUGUUGGCCUUCCUGCAAGGACUCUUCACUUUCUAUCACCAUGGUUAUGAACUGGCCAAGGAUUUCGGCGACUUCAAGACACAGUUAACCAUUAGCAUACAGAACACAAGAAAUCGUUUUGAAGGCACUAGAUCAGAAGUGGAAUCACUGAUGAAAAAGAUGAAGGAGAAUCCCCUUGAACACAAGACCAUCAGUCCCUACACCAUGGAGGGAUAUCUCUACGUGCAGGAGAAACGUCACUUUGGAACUUCUUGGGUGAAGCACUACUGUACAUAUCAACGGGAUUCCAAGCAAAUCACCAUGGUACCAUUUGACCAAAAGUCAGGAGGAAAAGGGGGAGAAGAUGAAUCAGUUACCCUCAAAUCCUGCACGCGGCGGAAAACAGAUUCCAUUGAGAAGAGGUUUUGCUUUGAUGUGGAAGCAGUAGACAGGCCAGGGGUUAUCACUAUGCAAGCAUUGUCGGAAGAGGACCGGAGGCUCUGGAUGGAAGCCAUGGAUGGCCGGGAACCUGUCUACAACUCAAACAAAGACAGCCAGAGUGAAGGGACUGCGCAGUUGGACAGCAUUGGUUUCAGCAUAAUCAGGAAAUGCAUCCAUGCUGUGGAAACCAGAGGGAUCAACGAGCAAGGGCUGUACCGAAUUGUGGGGGUCAACUCCAGAGUGCAGAAGUUGCUGAGUGUCCUGAUGGACCCCAAGACCGCUUCUGAGACAGAAACAGAUAUCUGUGCUGAAUGGGAGAUAAAGACCAUCACUAGUGCUCUGAAGACCUACCUAAGAAUGCUUCCUGGACCACUCAUGAUGUACCAGUUUCAAAGAAGUUUCAUCAAAGCAGCAAAACUAGAGAACCAGGAGUCUCGGGUCUCUGAAAUCCACAGCCUUGUUCAUCGGCUCCCAGAGAAAAAUCGGCAGAUGUUACAGCUGCUCAUGAACCACUUGGCAAAUGUUGCUAACAACCACAAGCAGAAUUUGAUGACGGUGGCUAACCUCGGCGUCGUGUUCGGACCCACUCUGCUGAGGCCUCAGGAAGAAACGGUAGCAGCCAUUAUGGACAUCAAAUUUCAGAACAUUGUCAUUGAGAUCCUAAUAGAAAACCAUGAAAAGAUAUUUAACACUGUGCCCGAUAUGCCUCUCACCAAUGCCCAGCUGCACCUGUCUCGGAAGAAGAGCAGCGACUCCAAGCCCCCGUCCUGCAGCGAGAGGCCCCUCACGCUCUUCCAUACCGUGCAAUCAACGGAGAAACAGGAACAAAGGAACAGCAUCAUCAACUCCAGUUUGGAAUCUGUCUCAUCAAAUCCAAACAGCAUCCUUAAUUCCAGCAGCAGCUUGCAGCCCAACAUGAACUCCAGUGACCCAGACCUGAAUGUGGUCAAACCCACCCGGCCCAACUCACUCCCCCCGAAUCCAAGCCCAACUUCACCCCUCUCGCCAUCUUGGCCCAUGUUCUCGGCGCCAUCCAGCCCUAUGCCCACCUCAUCCACGUCCAGCGACUCAUCCCCCGUCAGGUCUGUUGCAGGGUUUGUUUGGUUUUCUGUUGCUGCCGUUGUUCUCUCAUUGGCUUGGUCCUCUCUUCAUGCAGUGUUCAGCCUCCUCGUCAACUUUGUUCCCUGCCAUCCAAACCUGCACUUGCUUUUUGACAGGCCAGAAGAAGCGAUUCGUGAAGACUCCAGCACACCGUUCCGGAAGGCAAAAGCCUUGUAUGCCUGCAAAGCUGAACAUGACUCAGAGCUUUCGUUCACAGCAGGAACGGUCUUCGAUAAUGUUCACCCCUCUCAGGAGCCUGGCUGGUUGGAGGGGACUCUGAACGGAAAGACUGGCCUCAUCCCUGAGAACUACGUGGAGUUCCUCUAACCGUGGGCCCCAGCAGAACUGCUGAGCUUUACAUGGUAUCCAUGACAACUGCUGAUUCCAGUGUCAUAGGCCAUUUCUCUUUGCCACCGAGAAAUGCAGCGUGACUGACUCUGUUGCUACCUGUCAACAUGAAUGUUUCUGUGAGCUCUGGUGUCACUCAUCUCCAUGAUCAUCUCAGCCAAUACUCAUGAAUACUGCAAGAAACAGAAGUCAAUCAGCAGAGGAGGCCAUCUGAUUUUGAUAACUGAGAGAAAGACUUGCAAAGCUGUUUUCUCAUGAGUUUCCUAAAUAGGGGGCACUCAUUUUGUUUCAGCGGUCCAAACGCCCAGCCUUCGGAAAGAGGAAGUCAGAUAGCAGUACCCCAGAACACACUGCGUAGUUAAGUCUGAUGGGGCUGGGUGAAGAAAUUGGCGCCGAGAUCCAGGCUGGAUCUUUGCUUUUGUUUGCAGUAGGCACGCUCUCUACUCCACCUCUCAGUACUUGAGACUUGCAGUGCUACAGGCAGCUAGGUCUGUUUGCAUGCAGGAUGAAGAGGGCUAAAGCACUGUUUAUGUAAGAUCCAAUCUCUCACCAUCUCUAAAGCAGCCGUUGGCCAUCAUCAGCAAGAUUCAGUCCAGUGUUCUCAUGCACAGGAAUACAUACACCCUGCGUUUCUCCCUCCCAGGCUAGGAACCUCUUUGCCACCAAGGCUGCUAUCCAUCACCUAGUAACCACAGCAACCCAACCUACUCUAAAACCAAACCAAAAAAAAAAAAAAAAAUCCUCUUUGCAUGACACAUUUUUUUUUUCUCUUACCUUUUUGGUAUACUUUUUUGAAUGGUUUUCUAAGAACUCGAAGCAAAGAAUGAAGGAAUUAGGGUGGUCUGCUUAAGGCAGACAGGAUAGUAGCUGGGACUCUUCCCUUUCUGAUGAAUUUCAGCAGCAUCAGGAUAUAUUUGGAGCACACUCUAGUAACCUCUUGAGAUGGAAUUACAUAGUCUUAAUAUUUCUGUUCCUUCAUGCCACAGACAGUUGCUUUCUAAAGGGUAAGAUGCUGCCUCCCCAUGGGUGAUGUCAUCUGACCGGUUCCCCCAUGUCCUCUCAUUCACCCAUCCCUGCUCCCACCCUUGCCUGCCUCUAACCCACCACUGGCCCACCCCCUCGCCCUGCUGUGGGCUGCUGAACACUGGUGCUGUGGUGGUUUUCAAGGACAAUUCCUACGCUAACCUUAUGGCCUGUAGCUUAAAAUGACGUCUGUGUUCACUGCCAUUCAGAAAAAGGGAAUUGUUUCUCCGUCUUUCAAGGCAUGAGACUAAUGUAGGUUAUUGUGAUUCAGGAAGAAGCCAAACGUUAGAGGGUGGGAUGGGUACCCUUUGAAUAAGGGAAUUUGCUGGUGAAAAGAGGCUGGGUCUUAUGAAGACUGCCUUGAGUGGGGAAGUUCUGCCUGGACAUUUCAAAUUCACUUGGCCUUCAAACAGCAGAGUCAUCCGUAUCUCCCACAUGUGAAUGUCUUUGCAAGGGUGACUAGACAAACUACAAACUGAUGGACCGUCAGGCUCCCCAGGAGCCCCUUGGAUGGCAGCGUUGCCUGAGUGUUUCCUGUUUCUGGAAUUCCUUGUUAGGGAACUUUAAAGAAGAAAAGAAAAACUUGAAUUGUGUUGAAUUACUGUAUCUUUUACGUUUUUUUUUUGUUUGUUUGUUUUUUUGUUUUUUGAAAAGAUAAGCUUGUAAAUAGAGUGAUUUGAAAUACUAUA